AUGGGAGCUGGGGCCAGUGCGGAGGAGAAGCACUCAAGGGAGCUGGAAAAGAAGCUGAAAGAAGAUGCUGAGAAGGAUGCUCGAACCGUGAAACUUCUGCUUCUGGGUGCAGUCGCUGACCCGGUUCACCUCGGCCGCAGGAUUAUCCACCAGGAUGGGUACUCGCUGGAAGAGUGCCUCGAGUUCAUUGCCAUCAUCUACGGCAACACGCUGCAGUCCAUCCUGGCCAUCGUGCGCGCCAUGACUACGCUCAACAUCCAAUACGGAGACUCUGCGCGCCAGGACGAUGCCCGGAAGCUGAUGCACAUGGCAGACACCAUCGAAGAGGGCACGAUGCCCAAAGAGAUGUCGGACAUCAUCCAGCGACUGUGGAAGGACUCGGGUAUUCAGGCCUGUUUUGAUCGCGCCUCGGAGUACCAGCUCAACGACUCCGCUGGCUACUACCUCUCCGACCUGGAGCGCCUGGUAACCCCGGGCUAUGUGCCCACUGAGCAGGACGUGCUGCGCUCGCGUGUCAAGACCACGGGCAUCAUUGAGACGCAGUUCUCCUUCAAGGACCUCAACUUCCGGAUGUUCGAUGUUGGUGGACAGCGCUCGGAGCGCAAGAAGUGGAUCCACUGCUUCGAGGGUGUAACCUGCAUCAUCUUCAUUGCGGCACUGAGCGCCUACGACAUGGUGCUAGUGGAGGAUGAUGAAGUGAACCGCAUGCACGAGAGCCUGCACCUGUUCAACAGCAUCUGCAACCACCGCUACUUCGCCACCACGUCCAUCGUGCUCUUCCUCAACAAGAAGGACGUUUUCUCGGAGAAGAUAAAAAAGGCGCACCUCAGCAUCUGCUUCCCGGACUACAACGGGCCCAACACCUACGAGGACGCGGGCAACUACAUCAAGGUGCAGUUCCUCGAGCUCAACAUGCGACGCGACGUGAAGGAGAUCUAUUCCCAUAUGACGUGCGCCACCGACACGCAGAACGUCAAGUUUGUCUUCGACGCUGUCACCGACAUCAUCAUCAAGGAGAACCUGAAAGAUUGCGGCCUCUUCUGAGGUGGGCCCCUCGCGGGCCCGGAUGCUCCCUGUCGUGCCCCUUUGUCUCAGUACCCCAAGCCCGGUCCUCGGCUCCCCACCCCACAUCACUACAGCAGACCUCGCCCCAGCU